AAAGAGAAAAAAGAGGGGGCGGUGUAAUGGUACGGUCUGUAUAAAAUGGGUGUGGUCGAAUCUCACAUACGAGACGUUGGAGGAUAUCUCACACGCCGAACCGUGAGGUUGGAUCCUGUAAGCCGCAGGACUCAUAACGGCGCGCGCGCUAAUUAUUGAACUCAUUUGAUGCCAUAAUAAAUAAUAAUAAUAAUAAUAAUAAUAAUAAGGUCGCUUUAAUUCCUGAAAUCUGUCCGGCUGGAUGAUUUGGCGUCUGACACUGGAGGAGAACUUAUGGGUGGCUCGUGCGCUCCACCGGCGAGAUAGCCAAGAAUUUUGAAUUAUUUAUAUUAUUAUUAUUAUUAUUAUUAUUAAUAAUAAUAUUUAUUUUUUGGACAUUUAUUUACAUUCGCGUGCACAGCAUCCGUGCAUUGCGGAUUAAUUUGAAUAAUUCAUUCCGCGCAACGAAACAAGGAGAGAGAAAGAGAAGCCAGAGGAAGGAAGGACGGAAGGAAGGAAGGAAGGACAGGGGGGAGACAAACGGAGGGAAAAAAAAAUCGAAACGAGCGUUUUAUUUAUAGCCUGAUUUUUUGGGGGGGGAUUUCUUUCUUCUCGCAUUUUUCCCCCGGACGAAAACAAGCGCAUUUUGCAUCUGCGGCUUUAUUAAAGAGAGAAGGCGCUACGAGCGGACUCAGUCCCCGGGGUUUGUGAUCUUCAGGUCCAUUUGGAGAAAUGCAGUGAUUUUUUUUUUCUUUCUUUCUGUGCUGCGUGUUUGCGAGGCCUGAUUCACGGCCAUCAUGUGCGUUCGGGUUUGAACAUUCCUCCUAGAAGAAGAGAUCGGACUGAAGCGCUUCGUCAAGCUGUCAGCUCUGGAAGUCUUCCCGUGCUGAGGCCGACAACGCUGAACGAACAGGUGGUUGUGGGAGUGACUGAGGUUCAAGGUCAAAGGUCAUUUCAAGAUGAGCGAGCUGGAGCAGCUUCGACAGGAGGCUGAGCAGCUGAAGAACCAGAUACGAGAUGCAAGGAAAGCAUGUGGAGACUCUACACUUACUCAGAUAACAGCGGGACUGGACCCGGUGGGUAGGAUUCAGAUGCGGACAAGGCGUACUCUCAGAGGUCAUUUAGCCAAAAUCUACGCCAUGCACUGGGGCUCUGACUCCAGGCUCCUGGUCAGUGCUUCACAAGAUGGCAAACUGAUCAUCUGGGACAGUUACACCACUAACAAGAUCCACGCCAUCCCGCUGCGCUCGUCAUGGGUGAUGACGUGCGCUUACGCUCCGUCUGGAAACUUUGUCGCCUGCGGCGGUCUGGACAACAUCUGCUCCAUCUACAGCCUGAAGACCCGCGAGGGCAAUGUGCGAGUCAGCCGAGAGCUCCCUGGACACACGGGUUACCUUUCCUGCUGUCGCUUCAUCGAUGACAAUCAGAUCAUCACGAGUUCAGGAGACACCGCCUGUGCUCUGUGGGACAUCGAGACAGGCCAGCAGACCACGCUCUUCUCAGGUCACAGCGGAGACGUGAUGAGCUUGUCUUUGUCUCCGGAUUCGCGCACGUUCAUUUCAGGCGCGUGCGACGCCUCGAUCAAACUGUGGGACGUCAGAGACAGCAUGUGCAGACAGACGUUUACGGGCCACGAGUCCGACAUCAACGCCGUGUGUUUCUUCCCCAGCGGCAGUGCGUUUGCCACGGGCUCAGACGAUGCCACGUGCCGCCUGUUUGACCUGCGCGCCGAUCAGGAGCUCGGCCUUUACUCGCACGACAACAUCAUCUGCGGCAUCACGUCGGUGGCGUUCUCGCGCUCGGGCCGCCUGCUCCUCGCCGGCUACGAUGACUUCAACUGCAACAUCUGGGACGCCAUGAAAGGAGACCGUGCAGGAGUCCUGGCCGGCCACGACAAUCGCGUGAGCUGUCUCGGCGUGACUGAUGAUGGCAUGGCCGCGAGCACUGGCUCCUGGGACAGCUUCCUCAAGAUCUGGAACUGACCUCUCUCCCUCUCUCUCUCUCUCUAUCACACACACACACACACACACACACACACACGACACACUGUAUGCCUGUUUUACUGUAUAUAUAUAUAUACACAAUACACACAAACAUACACAUGCACAAAUUCUGACGCAUAUUGUACAUAAUAUAUUAUGCCAACUAGGUAUCUUGAGUUGUUUACUAUGGUAAUUGCUUUGUAUACAUAACCGCACCUGAAUCUGUACACCAGUAACUGGAGGCAGGUCACAGGUUUGACCCACUGAAGCUAAACACGAAUGUUCUUUCUUUCUUUCUUUCUCUCUAUCUCUCUCACUCACACACACACACCCUCACACACACUCUGUACAUGUUUGCAGAGGACUUAAAACACGACGUAGAAUUUACACUCCGACUCUUAAGUGACUCAAAAACACACUCGGAGCGAAAAGUGGAAGGAGAUUUUGCUCGAAUUGCGAGUCCAACAACUUGAGAUUGUAUUUGUUUAUUUUCAACACGCUCACUGCUAGUCUCGGGCUCUGAGAAGACGAGAGAUUAUCUUUUAGGACUGUUUUUGCUUUUGAUAUUUGAGCGUCUGAAACGGACGCGCACCGAUAAUUGGUAAUACGGUACACCACGGUAUUAAGAACUCGGUAUCGCUCUUGUACGCCCUUUAGGGAGGCUGAAUGGUUCCAUUUGACUCGCUAGAUAACGGUACAGGCAUCGUAGCCUUUAGCAGUUGUCAGCUAGAUACAUAGCAAACCCCUUUUUAUUUAUUUAUUUUUUUUUAAAAAAAGGUCGUUUUUUCAAACAAUUGCAAAAAUAAAAAUAGCAAAUGGAGCUGCACAUGGCAAUCAAAGGGGUCCAAGCACCAUAAGGUUAUCAGGAGAAACUAUAGCACAUCUGUUAGGUAAUGAUAACCCACGUCUUUGAUUGGACAACCGAACUGUUGUGUGUAUGCUUGUCAAUUAUCUGGCAUGUUGUUUUUGUUUGUUCGUUUUCCCCCCAUCCUUAGAAGCCCUCUCCUGCAUGCAACAUUACAACUGGAUUGCACAAGCGAUUUCUGAGAACGUUUCAUAUUUUCAUGCCACGUGUGUAUGUGGUGCUUGGGCCCCUUAAAGUCACCUGGCUAAAAUGUUGUCCAGAGAGAACAGGUACAGAAAAUGAUAUAUUAAACAUAUUUAUCGUAAUUCGUGUUAAAGGGUUUGGCAAUUAUGAUGUGAUUAUUAAAGACCGAGAAAUACAAGCAUGCGGUAAGAACAUGAUUUUUCCAUCACGCCAGAUUGUUUUAGACGACUGAAACUUCGCACUUAAUUUUAAAAUAGACACCUGUGGCAUACAGUAGAAAUAAAUAUGAUGUUUUUGUUUGAAUGUUUUGUUUAUAUUCUGAUUUUUCUAUGCUUUAUUUUAUUCAUGUUUUCCCUGCGUGCCUCAGAUAACACUGUAAGGACAAUAAAUAAAAGUUGAAGAAGUGUAAAAAAAAAAAUUGUUUGUAAAAAUGUGCAAGAUUACGGUGCCUUAAUGUUUGGGGCUGUGAUGUUUGCGUCGCACCCUCGGGGGUCGGAAUCCCGCCUCCACCCUGUUUGCGUGUUUCGCCGGGUACUCCGGUUUCCUCCCCCAGUCCAAAGAGAUGUGUUGUAGGCUAACUGGUGGUAGUGUAUGAAUGUGCGAUUGUGCCCUGCAAUGGGCAGGGCGCCCCGUCCAGGUUGUGCCCAGAGUCCCGGGGGAUAUCUCCCCCCCCCCCCCAAGUGACCCUGUGUAGGAUAAGUGGUUCAGAAGAUGGAUAGUUUGCCCUACAAAAAAAAAAAUAAAUAAAUCAAGCGAGAGAAAAAAAGAAACCACACCAAGUUUUUUUUUUUUUAAACUGAUAUCAAGAUAUAUAUAUUUUGUUUAAUUUUCAAACAAUCCUGUAUUUAAGACAUUACAGAUGUAUGAUUUCAUCCCGAACACUGUAAAACUCGAAAACCAUCAGGUCAUUUAAAAUCAUCUCAAAAUCUGCUCUUGAACGUAAACACACACAAAGAAAUAAAAAUAAAAAAAGUCAGUGUGUCAAAUAUCUACUUUUUUUUUUAAUUAUUAUUAUUUAAACUAAAACGUUUAGGUUAGGAGGGUAACAAUGGGGGAAAAAAACAAAAGCCAAAAAAAAAAAGACACGAACAAUUAUUAACCCAUCACAGAGGAUAUCAACUUUAUAGACUUUCUAUUGACCUUUGACCUCUCCUGGUUACACAAUCAGAAUCAACCAAAGACGUGCCAAAAAAAUUAUUUUUUUAAAUUUACAAAAUCAACCAGGGGUAUGUUAGUAUUACUAGAGGAUCAUAAAGAGAAAUCUCUAAUUAGCAUAACGCUAACCGCAUGUAAAGAAGACCAACGUGCCUGAAAAAACAGCAGUUAAAGGCCUUAAACAAGAGAUACACACCCAUAAACACACACACACACACACACGCACUCACGACAUGCUACCUGAAACAGGACCGGGUUCAUGCGCAUCACAUGACCCACACCGACGGCUAAAGAUUCCUGAUGUGUAUAUAUAUAUAUAGCAAUCGAUUCAUCAUUGUGGUGAACGAAUGGGGGAAUCUGGAUUGAGGAACAGAUUUUACCAUCUGUCUGUGGAAGGUUUUAAAGUCUUGAUUCAGUGAGUGAUUUAAUUAAGCGGAACACCCAACGCUUUUGACUACACCAAAGUACAAAUUUGGAUACAAGCCUGAGAAUUCAACAGUGUGAGUUUAUCUUACGAAAGAAGGUUUGUAGAGCAAUUUAAAAACUACACCUGGCGGUCGCGUUCGUCGUUUGGCCGAGCAGCACACGCAGUUCACCAUACGAUGCUGUAUAAAUAGACCUCAUCGUGGGUGCCAUAAAACAAACACGGGACCAUCCUGUAAACCUGCACAUACCUACACGUCUGUGCGGCGUUGGGGGAAAACCACACGUAGCCCGCUAAACCGACAUCCGAGCGUCCGGAAAACUACACGUCUAUACGACGCUGUAGAACUUUGUAUGGCGUCACCGGGACGCUACAACCUCGUGCGAAAUCUCGUGUAGGGAGUUCACAAGCACGUAGCCUUUCUCUAUGUUGUCGAGGUCGUAAGAACCCGGUAAGCCUUUGUACGUCGCUGGUGUCUUCGUAACACCGUACGACAAAGCUAGAAUUCUGGUGAGUCUCAUAGCGGGUGGGGGAAACGGUGACGGACUUCAAAAACAUGAAUAUGACGUGUGUAUUUUUGUUGCUUUCUAACUAAUUUGAUGCAUACUGGUCCAUACUGGCAAAAAGAAGAAAAAAAAAGAAAGAAAGAAGAAAACCCAUACACCUCCCCCCGCCCCUUAACUCUAAUCCUCCUCCUCCUCCUCCUCAUUUUCUCUCUUCGAG